CCUUCCCCCGCACGGUUCUCUACGCUCGUCCUUCCCCCUUCCAAGCUCCACUACCAGGCUGGAGUCCCCGGCAGCACGGCGGGUAACACAACACACUGACAGCUGCGACUGACUCAACCGAGAGGGGGAAAGAUGGAGCGCAGAGACGCGGACUUCAACAUAAUGCUAGCGACUGAUUCAUACAAGGUAACACAUUACAAACAGUACCCCCCCAACACGAGUAAAGUGUACUCCUACUUUGAGUGCCGUGAGAAGAGGACAGAUCCCACCAAGAGUAGAAAAGUUAAAUAUGACAAAACUGUCUUCUACGGCCUACAGUACAUCCUCCACAAAUACCUAAAAGGAAAGGUGGUGACUCCAGAAAAGAUCCAGGAGGCGAAGGAGGUAUACAGAGAACACUUCCAGGAUGACGUCUUCAAUGAGAAGGGGUGGAAUUAUAUUUUGGAGAAAUACAAUGGACACCUGCCUAUUGAAAUAAAGGCAGUCCCAGAGGGGAGUGUCAUUCCUCGAGGCAAUGUUUUGUUCACAGUGGAGAGCACAGACCCUGAAUGCUACUGGCUCACCAACUGGGUGGAGACCAUUCUUGUUCAGAUUUGGUAUCCCAUCACUGUGGCGACCAACUCCAGAGAACAGAAGAAGAUCCUCGCCAAGUACCUCCUGGAGACCUCUGGAAACUUGGAAGGACUGGAGUAUAAACUGCAUGACUUUGGCUACAGAGGUGUCUCCUCACAAGAGACUGCAGGCAUUGGGGCCUCUGCCCAUCUGGUCAACUUCAAGGGCACAGACACGGUGGCCGGCAUCGGAGUCAUUAAGAAGUACUACGGCACCAAGGACCCUGUGCCGGGCUUCUCAGUGCCUGCUGCGGAGCAUAGCACCAUCACAGCAUGGGGGAAGGACCACGAAAAAGAUGCCUUUGAGCACAUCGUCAAGCAGUUCCCCAGCGUGCCCGUAUCCAUAGUCAGUGACAGCUACGACAUCUACAACGCCUGUGAGAAGAUCUGGGGGGAAGACCUGCGGGGGCUGAUAGAGACGCGCAGUGCGGACGCCCCGCUGGUUGUGCGACCGGACUCAGGAAACCCCCUCGAUACAGUUUUGAAGGUUUUGGAGAUCCUGGGUAAGAAGUUUAUCCCAGAGGAGAACUCUAAAGGUUUUAAGGUUCUCCCUCCUUACAUCAGAGUCAUACAAGGAGACGGAGUUGAUAUCAACACACUGCAAGAGAUAGUGGAGGGUAUGAAGGAGCACAGGUGGUCCAUUGAGAACAUUGCCUUUGGGUCCGGAGGGGCUCUGCUGCAAAAACUGACCAGAGAUCUGCUCAACUGCUCUUUCAAAUGCAGUUACGUGGUCACUAAUGGACUGGGGGUGAAUGUGUUCAAGGACCCGGUAGCAGACCCCAACAAAAGGUCAAAGAAAGGUCGCCUGUCUCUGCACCUGACGCAGAGCGGAGAGUUUGUCACGCUGGAGGAGGGCAAGGGUGACCUGGAGGAAUAUGGCGUGGACCUGCUGCACACAGUCUUUAAGAACGGGAAGAUUGUGAAGACGUACACAUUUGAUGAAGUCAGAGACAAUGCUAAGCUCAAAGAGAGUGAGCUUACAGAGCUGCUGCAGUGAACGCGGCACUACUGAACCCCCAUCCUCUACCCUAACCCCCCCCCCCAAAAAAAACCCCUCCUUACUUUAGCCCCUGACCUUUUGGCCUCCGAUGUCGCCCCAGAAAAUGGAGGUCACGUGCACAGCAAAUAGAUCCCACUCCCAAAGCCUGAGAAUCCCACCUGACUAAAAACCUGAGAACUCCCUUAAAAUUCCAAAAUUCACCUUCAGUUCCAAAGCACUGUUGUUGGUCCUCCAAUAGCGUGGAGAAAUCGGAAACUCCCAUGCCUCUGAUGAAUGCCGAACGCCCCAUGAGUGGGAUGGGGGCUAAAGAGAAAGAGAACAAAAUGAGUGAGAGGUGCAGUAAGUGACAGGUAUGGCAGAGAGGGAGCGAAGUUGCAAUUAUGAUGACAAACCGUUGGCUCACUUCCAUGUGCUGCUGCCCCAAAUUGAACUUGGGCAUGUUGCACUUAUAGGCUAGACAUGCUGCAGCGUAGGAAUGUAAUUGGCUGCUGAUAGGUGAUGUGUCUGCAGACUUUUCCAUGCCGUCACAAAGGCAAAUCCGACGAUUGUAGGUUUGUCAAUGGGUUUGUGGCGGCUUACGCGUGGAGUGAACGCCACGGUGAAUCAAAGCAAGAAAGAUGAUCACAAAAAGAGAAAUAAUGAAGCCACACCCACACCGAUGACCGUGCCCCACGUGUUGUGUACAGAACUGUUUAGAGUAAAAUAUGUGUUUGAAUCUACUUAGCUUUGUCUUUUACGUGAAGGAAGAAGACCAUUAUGGUAUAUAACGGUGCACCAAUAACACUUUCUGAUAACAAAGUUUUCUUGCUUUUAAUCAGCCUUUAUGGCGCAAAUUUACAGAAAGUAUCGAGCGCUCCGCCAAACAAAAUGUUAUUGGUGCAUCUCUGAAGGUGUAUAACUGGUCAUCUUCUUGCCAUUAUAUUGCCACAGAGCGUUCACCUCAAGAUGGCCCAAUCCACAGUCACAAUUCACAAAUACCGCUCACAGAGAGAAUUUAGCCACUCUAGUUGUUGUUGUUGUUGUUGUUUUAAUUUCAAAGAUAAUAUAAUGAUAACAAAUUAUAAAAUUAGGAAGAAUAAGGUCCCAAAUAAGCCCCAAUCCUUCGCAAUAGAAGAAGAAGAAGUAGUCAAGAGCUAACAUCAGAUUUGAGUGAAAGGUUUCGAAUUGGGUCAUCAUGAUUUUGAAUGCUCUCGAGACAAGUCUUUGCUGUAUAGGAGCUCAUGUAAAAAAACAAAACCCCCAAAAAAAAUAACCCACAGAAUUUGUCUUCACUGGAAUGAAGAUGAUCUGAUUAUGCUCUGAUGAAAGAUUACACAUGUGGUUCCUGGGCAGAAAUGUGUGUUAAAUGUUGGUUCUGAUGUGUGAGUGCUUGGAUGCGUGUGUUUGUGUGUGUGUGUGUGUGUGUGUGCUGAUGUUUUCUUCCUCUAAAGGGUUGUGUAGUAUUCCUAUAUGCAAACGCACUUGUUGAUCUUGGGUGGAUAGAGAACACUACUUUUACUUUGCCGGCCUUUUAUUCUGGAAGGAGAUGCAGCAUUGUGACGAACCGGCAUUGAUACAGUCGUGUUUUGUUUUUUGUUUUUUUUCCAUUGGGCAACCAAGAGGCAGACCAAGAUCAGAAAUACAUUUCUGACAGGCAUGUACUGGCCGUGCUUUGGCAGUUGGUGGUGCGCAGUUGCAGAUCAGCAAAUCGUUGCCCUUGGAAUCACUGCCUUAACUUCAACAGCCGUGUUUUUGGAAAAGCUUAAAUGUGUCCAGUGAUGGCUCAUCGUAGUCUCGUUUGGAUCCAUUGCCCAGGUAUAAAUGGCAUCUUGCUGAUUAUGCCUUUUGCGGUUAGUUAUCUUCCCAUUCGGAUCAUCUCAGUGGAGUGUCACUCUUGUUUGCAGGCGUGUUCAGUCACAUUGCUUGGUUGGCCCUUUCAGAGUGAAGGGAUUUGUCAUUUCGCAAGGCCCGGGAGGCUAGUUAAAGAGGAGUAACUGGUGACAUCACAGGAUGUAUAUUUUCAGGCCAAAGGCAGAGUAUUGUGGUCGAAAUUUUCAGUCAGAACUCUCAGUGCCAUGUUUGCUCCCACCUCAGUUUUGGCAAAAUAACAACAGUGUUUAGCCACCAGAAAAUCCCUGCAGCCAUUUUUUUCUGGAUGUUGGUACAAAAAGGACAGAGUGCAGGCAUCGUUGACUGGAGAAAUUUCAAUUCUGCUUGGGACUGGGUUACAUUUUAACUGGCUCUCGAGAUGCUCACACUAAGACUGAACAGACUGAACUAUCUCAACAGCUAUUUGGUGAAUUACCAUGAAAUCGUUUACAGACAUUUAUGGACCAUCACGAACUUUAAUGCGUCUAAUUAGUUUAUGACCAAAUGCCUGCGAAACUAAUGACCUUCCUAACCACCCGAACUCUGUUUUACCUCAGAGCUGCUAGCAUGACUGCAGACUGUCUUGUUGAGACAAAUCCAGGUGACACUUUGUCCUCUGUCUGCACCCAGACAUUCAGCCACCUCACAUUCAUAGCAUCUCACAUAGCCACAGUGUGCUAAAUAGUUGGCCCUGAGCAGCUUCACUGGUGCUAUUAGAGCUUCAGUGACCUUAUUGUCUCACAUGGACACUGACCCUGCUAGUUGUCUGUGAUUUUUAGGAAAGGCCUUGAAGAAACCUGUGGUGUCACCGACUCCCAUCUCUCACUUCUGACUCCGACCAGCCAGCACAAACAAGCUGGUAAACAACAUGCUGAGACAAUGUCACACAACUCUCUUGUUUUUUUUUUUUUUGUUUUUUUUUCAUAAUUUCCUUCUGUUUUUCCACCUGUUUUUUCUGUUAUAGGUCAGAUCAUUUAUCCAAUUGUUCCGGAGUAACGUCACAGUCGUCCUUUUCUUUUGUCCGAUGACGGGGUGCAUUUUAGUAAAACUUUGAUUUUACUCUUUUGAUACUGUCUCACCUCGGAGAAAUAUUGUUUUGUAUGACAAAGGAGAAAAAAAAAUUGCCAGAAAUAUUGCAGUAAAUAUCUUUAUUUCCAAACGAUGCGGCCAUACUGCCUUCUCACUUGUACAUACGAUGACUAUCUUAACUGAAAGCAGCGAGUGCAGGUUCGGGGGACGACCACAAUAGAUGAUAUUAUUAUUUUUGUCAGAACGUUUUUGUACCAAUAGAAUAUUGGAAUAUAAUAUCCAAAACGGCUUGACUGAAUUGGCAGUGUGACUGUUUUUGUGACUGACAAGCUUUUAGCUGGUGUGUGUGUGUGUGUGUGUGUGUGUGUUUGUUUGUGUUGUCCUGUGUGAAUGCCUUGGGUGUAAUGGAUGAAAAAGUGUUUGUGAAUAUUUUUUUUUUCUUUAUGUGAUUGUUGUUGUUGUUUUACUUGUAUGUAUAUGUUGGUUGUCCCAAAUUCUCUCCAAACACAACUGAUAUUUUAACUAACAUAACUUGCUAUAUUGUCAACAAUACAUUGAUUAAAGAUGCCACCCUGUCAGUUUCAAA